AUGACUCUUCACCUAAGCAUACCUCCACUCCCAGACCCGCCUCACCAGUAUGGUGCAUCCUUGGACGCUUCCUCGGCGGGGCGGACAUACCACCACCAAAACUCCUGGGUGCCCGCACCGCCACCCACCUCGCUGCAGACCGACGAACCACCACCUGAGCAUGUCAAGACCUACACGCCCGUCGUAGACCCAGGAUUCCUCAUUCCUCGGUUACCAAUGUCGGGGCCGUACCCAUCUCCACCAGCACCACAAGCGCCGCAAGCUCACAGGAAAUGGAAGAACUACAUGAUGUCCAUUGGCACCAACUUUGAUCGCCUGGAUGUCACCGACAAACCUCUCCCGCCAGUGCCCAACAGCUCUUCACUGCCGCAGCGACCUUCACCACCUCGCCGGAAACAACCCCAAGCAGACCUCCCUCCCUCCAACACUUCAUCCUCGUACACGGCGUCGUCGUACACGUCCUCCUCGAGUUCGGGGCACCUGUCGGGAAGCGCGGGAUACCCUUCAGGUGGUGGAUACGGGUCGAGCGCGCCGCCGUCUGCGUACCAGCAACCUCCCUCAUAUUCACAACCUCCCCCAGUCCCCCCUCGACCACCACGUCUGUCCAGCGUCGCCACGGGGCCACCAGCACCGGCUACUGCACCCCUUCCAGGGCGUCCACGGCCCUCUGUAUCCAACGCUUCUGCCAGCAGCUCGGCCCGUGUAGCCUCCGCUCCAGUUGGUCUGACGGUACCGCCCUCGUUGUCGCCGACGAAGAAGGUCUCACCCUCUCGUCCAGCCAAGGGUUUGGUCAGGAUGAGCCAGCCCAAGCUCACAGCAUUCGCCAACCCCAUCGCACCUGUUGUACCAAAAGUGUCACCUGUGACACCCAAGAAACAGCGAUCCCAGUCCGCCACUCCAGCCGCUGGUGCGAUUAUCGUCGACCUGACGGCAGACAGCGACGACUCGUACCUGCCCUCGGACGACGACGACUCGCCACCCCCGCGUCGGUCUGGGCAGCAGAGGCGUGCCGUCUCCGCCGAGCCCAGGCUGCAGGCUGCCGCCAAGGCAAAGGCCACUCCCAGCGCCUCGGCCACAUCGACGCCCAAAACCCGUCGCGCUCCAGCAUCGGCAUCCAAGAUCCCAAGGACGCCCAAAACAGCCGCGUCAACACCGCCCAAAGCCAGCUCUGCCCGCUCGUCCACCGCGACUGCCACCGACCCACCUGCAGUCCGCUGCGCCGGCUUUACGCGCAACGGCAACCAAUGCAAGCGCCUCGUCAAGUCUGCCGCACCGUUCCUCGCCUCCCGCGACCCGAAUGUGGACGAUGACGAUGCCGAGCGCGUUAUCGGGAGGUACUGCAAAGACCACGCUGGGCUGGUCUGUUUCCCUGCUGGUUUUUACUGGCGCGACGCGCGGGGAAAGGCUGGAAUCUGGAUUGAUUUUGCAGAUUACAUCCCAAGCGACCUUGGACAGCAGACCCAGACGCUUAUGCGCAUGACGAUGGAGAGUCCUCUGACUGCAAAAGAACUCCCCGGCUUCCUCUACGCCUACGAGCUGCGCGACCUGGCAGACACGUCCACCUCGUACUUCAAAGUCGGGCGGACAGACAACGUCCCAAGACGCAUUGGACAGUGGAGUAACCAAUGCACCAGCCACACCCCGACCUUGCGCGACAUCUUCCCCCUCAAGGCCCCGCCGUCGAUCACGGCCAUCCCUGGAGGUGCGGGCCUGCACCGGCAGCCGAGCGUCGCGGGCUCGCUGCUCCCCGGCGCCGUCAAGGCCGGCGUGGACAACCGCCGCAUGGUCCCGGCCGUCAAGCGCUGGGAGCGCCUGGUGCACUUGGAGCUGGCGGACCGCGCCGCUGCCCAGAAGAGCACCGAGUACGACGCCAUCCUCAAACCGUGUACCGACUGCGGGGCCAUCCACCGCGAAAUCUUCCCGCUCGAGGAUGCUCGCGGGCUGUCGACGUAUGAGGAGAUUGUGGUGGACGCUAUUGGGAGGUGGGAGCGGUUCAUCCGCGUUAUUUGUGAUUGA